CCUGAUCGAUAGUUUUAGGACCUCUCUUGCCUUUUUUCUUUCAUUCGUUUGUGACCCUUCUAAGUGUGUGCAAUAAAGGUUUUUCUGCUCCGAAAAGUGUGAAUUUAUUAUCCAUAUAACAUAAUAAUAACUAACGCGAUCCUACCUCUAAAACAUAAAAUAACAACAAUAUUAUAAAUAGUAAGAAUAUUAGGGAGCGCAGAAGAUAACCUAAAAAACAAAAAAAGGCACGUGGUCGAUGAUUCAGUGUUGAAUAUCGUAAGGGCGCUUUAUCAAAUAUAAAAUAAUUGUUUGCGUUAUAAUAUAGUUAUUAGACGAACAUAAAAAUGUCGAACGGAGUGAGUUCAAGUAUUGAAAAACUAAACAGAGAAAAUUACGACACGUGGAAAAUGCAAAUGAAGGCAAUACUCGUUAAAGAUGACUUAUGGGAAUAUGCGGAUGGUACAAUAAGUAAACCCCAAGCAGCGGAUGAAGCCUCUUUAUGGAAUGAAAGGGAUGGUAAAGCCCAAGACGAUAUUAUUCUUGCUAUGAGUUCGAGUGAGCUAUGUCAUGUGAAGCAUUGCAAAACUUCACAUGAAAUAUGGAAUAAAUUAAAGGAGGUUUACGAACCUAAAGGACCUGCAAGAAAGGCUACGCUCCUCAAGCAAUUAUUAUUCACGAAAAUGUCCGGUAACGAAAAUAUGUCCGAUCACUUAAACAAUUUUUUCAGCCACGUGGAUGAUCUAAAGGAAAUGGAUAUUGGAAUCGAUGACGAUCUGCUGUCAAUCCUGUUAUUAUACAGCGUCCCGAAUACGUAUGGAAACUUUAGAUGUGCGAUCGAAUCGCUGGACCAAUUGCCUACCCCACAUGUACUUAGGACAAAAUUAUUAGAAGAAGCUAAUUUUCGUCGCAAUUCGAAUGCUGCGAGUGAUCACCAAGAAGCUCUACAAGUAGAUUCAAACAAAUACAAAAGGUAUGUUAAAAAUAGAAAUUCCUUAAAUAAGAAUGGACUUACUAAAGCUAAUAAGGUAAAACAUAUUGAAUGUUUUUAUUGUCACAAACGUGGACAUACGGCAAAUCAAUGUUUGAAGAAGAAAAAUGAUGACCAUAAAGCUCAAUUAGCACAAGUCCCUGAAAUACCCAACACUGAACAAUGCCUACAUACUUUCGAUAUUCAGGAUGAAGAUAAUCAGGGUAAUAGUAUUAUUACUAUAUUUCGUUGAAUACAAACAUGGAAUUACCGAAGGAAUGGUGCAUUGAGAGUGGUGCGAUGUCACACAUGUGCUGUGACAUAAACUGUUUUGAAUCCAUAGAGCCAAUCAAAGAUCAAAGUGUAAGAUUAGCGAAUGACAAAUUAGCACAAAUCAAAGGUAAAGGUACUGCAAUACUAUUUAGUUAAAAAAAAAUAAACUUGAGAAAUUCCGAUUGGAAAACACAUUGUACGUACCAGAAUUAAAGGCAAAUUUGAUCUCGGUAUCAAAGUUACAGCGAAAGGAAAAAGAAUCUUAUUCACAAAUAAGAUGGCCACAAUAUUUGGAAAGAACGAUGAGGUCGAGCAAGUAUUACUGCUAAUCGUAGAAGGGAUUUAUAUAUCGUAGAUGCAAAAUCCGAAUAUACUGGUAUGGUAUAUCAAAAUGAAAAUUAUGUUCAAGAUAGAUUUAUGGUCAAGAGGGGGCAAGGAAGACCAAAGAUAAUGCGAACAGGAAAUGUUGGCAGACCAAGGAAAAUGUACGAAACUGUCCCAAUUGAUCAAGAAACAGUACAAUUGGUCAAUGAUAAUUUGACCGAGUCAGUAGAUGAAUUGUUAUCUGGACCUCAUGCCGAAAAAUGGAAGGAAGCCAUGAUAAUGGAAUAUGACGGCUUGAUUAAGAAUAACGUUUGGGAAUUGGUAAAAUGCCCAGUGAAUAGAUCUCCGAUUGGAUCAAAAUGGGUCUUAAAGACCAAAUGCAAGGAAAAUGGAGAGGUUGAGCGCAGAAAGGCUAGGGGAUCAUUGGAAUUUGCUAUAUGCCCACAAAUGAGAUGUCAGCAGACUUAUUAAUGAAAAGUUUGGGAAGGCCAAGUCAUAAUGCUCACCUAGAGACUAUUGGUUUGACGUGCACUCGAAUUCCGCUGAGAGGGGGUGUUGAAAAUGACAACGUGAGUUCUCGCUCGCCAUCUAUAUGCUGACGACUAGUUACAAAAGGAGUAACUAGCAAUUAUUACUAGACACGGUCGAUAGACCUGAUCGAUAGUUUUAAGACUUCUCUUGUUUUUUCUUUCAUUUUCGUUCGUGUUCCUUUCAAGUGUGUGCAAUAAAUAUUUUUCUGCUCCGA